GGGGUUCCGGGUGGGCGCAGUGGGCCAGCGAGCUGGCAGCGGCUGCGAGCCCCCAGUGACAGGGCCAUGGAGAAGCUGCGGCGGGUGCUGAGCGGCCAGGACGACGAGGAGCAGGGCCUCACCUCGCAGGUCCUGGACAGUUCGUCCCUCAGCUUCAGCACCAGACUCAGGUGGUUCGGCAUCUGCUUCGCCUGCGGUGUCCUCUGCUCCGUCCUGGGCGUGGGGCUGCUGUGGCUGCCGAAGGGCACGAGGCUCUUCGCCGUCUUCUACACCCUGGGCAACCUCGCCUCGCUGGCCAGUACGUGCUUCCUGAUGGGGCCCAUGAAGCAGCUGAAGAAAAUGUUUGAGAAGACAAGGCUGGUGGCAACCAUCCUCAUGCUUCUCUGCUUCGUGAUCACCCUGUGCGCUGUGUUCUGGUGGCACAAGAAGGAGCUGGCCCUGCUCUUCUGCAUCUUGCAGUUCCUGUCUAUGACCUGGUACAGCCUGUCGUACAUCCCUUACGCCAGGGAUGCGGUCAUAAAGUGCUGCUCGUCCCUCCUGAACUGAACAUCAGACACUGGGGGAAGAACACACAGAAGCCGCCCAGACUGCCAUGCUGUUCCUGAUACAAAACCCAGACCACUGCUGCCCAUCUCGGGCGUGGCGGUGCCGGCAAGUGCCGCGUGUGCGCGCGUGUGCGGGAUUAAACCGUUGGAUGCGUGUAACUCCAGCUUCUUCCGAGGUCAUCCUGGUUUUCCCAGCCAGAGGCGAGAGGGGGCACCACUGGCCGCAGGGCACGGUCAAGGGCAAAUCAGGGUGACAUGACAGACUCCAUGUUCUGGGCUCUGCUAAACUGUCUGCAUUUUAAACAGCUUCUGUUUCGCUUUGUGUGGGGUGGGGUGGGGGGCGAGUGUGUGUGUGUGUGUGUGUUUAUCAUAACUGUGAACCUUUUUUACCUUAAGCUAAAAAUUGCUUAUGAUCUAUAAUAAAAAAUAAUAUAUGAGUCUUUA